AUGGGUCCUAAAUGUGCUUCUAGUGCUGGUGGUAAUAAGGGAAAAAGAAAGUCAUCGAUAACCAUGGAAGUGAAGUUGGAAAUUAUAAAAAAAUACAAAAGUGGCAUGCGCAUCAUGGCUAUUGCUAAUGCAUAUGGACGAAACCAAUCGAUGAUUAGUACCAUUAUAAAGAAUAAAGAAGCCAUUAAAGCCAGCAAGUCUGCAAAGGGUGUUACCACCUUCUCAUACAAUAUAACUGCCCUUAAUGACGACAUGGAGAUUCUUCUUCUUAUUUGGAUAAAAGAGAAGAAAAUUGCUGGUGAUACGAUAACACAAGCUGCUAUAUGCCAUAAAGCCACUGCGAUCUUUGAAGACCUCGCGAAAGCCCAGAGAGACGAAGGAGGCGAAGGGACAUCAACACAAGAGGCCCCAACGUUCAAAGCAUCUCAUGGGUGGUUUGAACGAUUCAAGAAGAGAUCGGGGAUACAUAACGUGGUCAGGCAUGGGGAAGCUGCCAGCGCCGAUGAAAAAGUAGCGCAAGAAUUUAUCGAGGCCUUCAAAAUGUUAAUCCUCGAUGAAGGCUACAUCCCUCAACAAGUCUUCAACUGUGAUGAAACGGGGCUUUUCUGGAAGAAAAUGCCCCGUCGUACAUACAUCACAGAAGAAGAAAAGAAAACUUCCUGGACACAAACCCAUGAAGGAUAG